AUGCUAUUAAAUGUGUAUAGUGCACGCUCAUUUACAAGGAUAUCGUUGUCGAGUUUCCUAAGAUUUCGCAUUCAAGGAGCUGUGGAUAGUGAAGUGUUUGAUGCUGGUCCGUUUCGUCCAUCCUAUGCACUGGAUGGAUUCGCGAAUCAUGGAAAUCAACCGUACGAGAUUUCGAACACACCAAUUGAAGUCAAUGAAAGUCGAAAGCAACGCACGAUGGAAAUCCAGAAUCGUGCUCGUCUGGAAACUGCGAACGACCAGGGAUGCCUUUCUCCAAAAGCAGAUGUUUUUUCCAGUAAGAUGGACGUGCGCUGCAAAAGUCCACAGCUCGUCGAGAUGCAUACAUUUAGGGACGCAGUGGAUGUCAACUACCAACGAAUGGCAAUCACUGGCGAGGAACUUUCUGGUGUUCCACUAGAGGAUCUGAAAGAUGCAGCAACUCAUCUCAUUGAAGCACUUAGAAUGCGUUGUCAAUACAUGGAGAGAAUAGGGAAUCAGUUCCCGAUUACGACAAAACGCUUCCUUAAUGGAGAGUAUCCGACAAAUCUUCCGAGAUUUCGUAGAAAAAAUACGGAGUCAACGGCCAAUACGUCAUUCAAUCCACCGGAGCCACCAAAGGAUCACUGGGGACUGAAGAAUCCGCUGCCAACGUUUUCUGUGAAGUAUACCUUAAGAAGAAACGAAGGAGUAGUCGAAGUAUGCGAUGCAAAUGGCCAACUAAACCCACAUUUCGCGAAGUGCUACAUAUCAAAGGACCAGUUCCUUUCUGACACUGAACGCCUCACCCAGAUGAUUGUUGAUGGACCUCUGAAAUCGUUCUGUUUUCGUCGUCUUUCUUAUCUGCAGAAUAAAUUCCAGUUGCAUGUACUGCUUAACGAACUUCGUGAAUUGCAUGAACAGAAGGCCGUCUCACACAGAGAUUUCUACAAUAUUCGAAAAGUCGAUACUCACAUCCAUGCGGCGUCUUCCAUGAAUCAGAAGCAUCUUCUUCGAUUCAUUAAGAAGAAGAUCAAAACAGAAGCGAACACAGUUGUACUCGAAAAGGAUAACCAGCCUAUAACGAUGAAAGAGGUGUUCACGAAGAUGGGUAUCGAUGCGUACGAUCUUUCUGUUGAUAUGCUAGAUGUUCAUGCGGACAGGAAUACGUUUCACCGUUUUGACAAAUUUAACACCAAGUAUAAUCCCGUAGGCGAGUCGACUCUUCGUGAAAUUUUCAUCAAGACCGACAACUAUGUUGGAGGAAAAUAUUUUGCGGAAGUACUUAUGGAAGUCCUGUCUGAUCUUGAGGAUUCUAAAUACCAACAUGCGGAGCCACGUUUAUCCAUAUAUGGUCGAAGCAAGGAUGAAUGGGACAAUUUGGCUAAAUGGGCGAUCACACACGAUGUAUGGAGUCCGAAUGUGAGAUGGCUAAUUCAAAUUCCUCGGCUAUAUGAUGUUUACAAAGCAAAAAAUAUGGUAAAAACCUUUGACGAAAUUCUGGACAACGUCUUCACUCCGUUGUUCGAGGUUACAAAUGACCCGUCGUCUCAUCCGGACCUCUAUCGUUUUCUUCAACAGGUAUCUGGCAUUGAUUCAGUCGAUGAUGAAAGCAAACAUGAGUUUGUACAUUUCGAUCGCUCGACACCAACUCCGCCAAAUUAUAAAGAUGCAGAAAAUCCUCCGUAUAAUUAUUAUCUAUUCUACAUGUACGCAAAUCUCACUGCAUUGAAUGCGUUUAGAAGGACACAAUCACUGCAUUGUUUCUGCCUUCAUAAUUAUUGUUGUUUUUUUAUUUCUACAAGGAUUUCAUUUUAUCAACGGAACCCUUUGCCGGAAUAUCUUCAGAAGGGACUUAACGUUUCCUUGUCUACCGACGAUCCACUGCAGUUUCACUAUACCAAAGAAGCUCUAAUGGAAGAAUAUUCAAUCGCUGCUCAGGUGUGGAAGCUCAGUUCGUGUGAUAUGUGUGAAUUGGCACGGAACAGCGUGAUGCAAAGCGGAUUCGAGGAUAAGGUAAAAAUACAUUGGCUCGGUCCGAAUUAUCGUGAAGAAGGUGUGCUUGGCAAUGAUAUCUAUAGAACCAAUGUCCCUGAUAUCCGGGUAUCAUUCCGACACGAGGCGCACGUCGAUGAGUUGUGCAAUUUGUUCCGCGUUCAACACCUCACUAAUCCUUGUUGA